UGAAGGGAAAUACAUGGACUAUCUUUCAAUCCUAUUAAACAAGAAGAUAGUUCCAACAGGUCCACUGGUUCGAGACGCCAGUGAAGAACACCAUGAGAACGAGAAAGAGAUACUUGAAUGGCUUACCAAGAAGAGAAAAGCCUCCACCGUGUUCGUUUCCUUCGGGAGUGAGUAUUAUCUCUCGAAUAAAGAAAGGGAAGCCAUUGUUGAGGGGCUUGAGCUUAGUGGGGUGUACUUCAUUUGGGUCCUCAGAUUCCCUUUUGGAGAUAAAGAUAAACCCAAGUUUGAUGAGGCCUUACCCGAAGGAUAUCUGGAAAGGAUUGGUGAGAGAGAGCUGAUGGUGGAAGAUUGGGCACCACAGGCGAAAAUACUGCAACACUCGAGCAUUGGGGGAUUUGUGAGUCACUGUGGAUGGAGUUCUGUAACAGAAAGCUUGAAAUUGGGAGUUCCAAUCAUAGCAAUGCCUAUGUGUGUUGACCAACCAUUGAAUGCUAGGCUUGUACAAGCUGUUAGUGUUGGAGUAGAGGCAGAGAGAGGAAAGGAUGGGAGCCUUGAAAGAGAAGAGAUAGUCAGAGCGACCAAACAAGUGGUGGGGGAGAAAGAUGGGGAGAAUAUAAGAAACCAAAACCACCUCUUUUCUCCCUAACAAGGGGCCAAAUUUUG